AAGCGCGGCGCGCCGGCCUCGGCCGGCCUCGCGCCGCCCGGCGCGGGGCGCCGGCGCAUGGGCAUCUGCCCGGGCACGAGCGCCUACGACGACGCCGUGUUCGUGGGGCUCUCUGCGCUGUGCGUCGGCGCGUCCGGGAGCUCCGGCGGGGGGGAGGCCCACGAGGGCGGCGAUGGCGGAGGCGCUGAGGGAGGCGUGGGCAGGGCGGAGGGUCACCAGGAGUCGCUGGCUGGGCGCUGCGACGCUGGGGACGGCCCGCCGCAGGCCGCUGCGGAGCCCCUGGGCGUCGACGGCGAGCAGGGAGCCGCACCGUCUUCACCGUCUUCCUGA